AUGAGAAAUUCUGGUGGUAAAAGUGCUGAUUUAAACCUUGGUGACAAUCAUGGUAAAACACCGUCACAUUUAGCAGCAGAACGCAACCAUCCUGGUAUAUUAGAGUAUAUGACAGAGAGAGGUAUAGACACAGAACUUGGUGAUGACAAAGGCAAAAGACCAUCACACUAUGCUGCAAUCCAUGGAGGACUUGAAUGUUUAGUAUUCUUGGUACAGAUUGACUGUGAUAUGACAAAGGCUGCUCAACAUGGUGCUAUGACAUGUCUACAUUGGCUGUUUGAAAAGGGAGUCAAUCCAUAUGCCAAAGAUGGUCAAGGUAAUACUCCAUUGCAUAUGGCUGCUGUUGGUGGUCAUGGCAAGUGUUUUAAUUGUUGUCUUCAACAUAACAGUAGUCUGGAGAUACAGAAUAAUAGGGAGGAGACGGCAAUUGACAUAGCUAGACGAUUUGGGCAUCCUGUGGUGAUUGACAAAGCAGUCCAUAAUACAAUCCAGUGCCUUCACUGUGUUGGUAAAUAUGAAAUAUUAGAAUGGCAGAAAAGCCAUCAACCAACUAAAGUACAGAGGAGUUUAAACAGCAGUAAAAAGCAGAUUUACAGAUCUCCAGUCCCCCCUGCGAAAAAAGAACUAAGCCAAGCUGAGUUAAACAGAUUGAGGAGAGAAGCUGAACAGAGCAAAGGAGAUCACUUACCGAAGAGAGACCUGGCUGCCAAGUAUUUUGGUGAACAUUUUGACGGCAUGUGGCAAGUGACUGGAAAAUAAACCUUUUUGCUUUGUGUUAGUGGCUCCCAGGAAUGUUCAAUUUUUAGAGACUAUUUUUUACGAAAAUCUUCUUGUAGGAUCAUCUUUAUGAUGGGUUAUAUAUUUCCAGCAGUUAGCUUGUAUUGUGUUGUGUACCAUGAUUGUUCAGAUUUUUAUGCCACAUCUUUUUUCAUUUAUAUUACCUUGCAAUAGCAAGUAAGUAUAUAAAUUUAU